AUGAACCUCUCAGAGUGGCCCGCGCUUUCCCCAAACUCUUCUUUGCGAUACACAAACCAAAGCGAUGAGUCCAGCAGGUACAGGCCGAGUGCAUUGGCAUGUGAGCAAGUGCACAUUGCACCUGAGGUGUUCCUCACGCUGGGCCUCAUCAGCCUGCUCGAGAACAUCCUGGUCAUUCUCGCCGUCGUGAAGAACACGAACCUCCACUCGCCCAUGUACUUCUUCGUCUGUAGCCUGGCUGUGGCCGACAUGCUGGUGAGCGUUUCUAACGCAUGGGAGACUAUAGUGAUCCACCUGCUGGCAAACAGAAGUUUAGUUAUUGAAGAUCACUUCAUCCGUCAGAUGGAUAAUGCGUUUGACUCGCUCAUCUGCAUCUCCGUGGUGGCAUCUAUGUGUGGCCUGUUAGCGAUCGCCGUGGAUCGCUACGUGACCAUCUUCUAUGCUCUUCGGUACCAUAACAUCAUGACCGUACGUCGAGCGGGGAUGAUCAUCAGCAGCAUCUGGGUGUUUUCCACAGGCUGUGGAAUCAUCUUCAUAAUCUACUCUGACACGAAGCCUGUGGUGGUGUGCCUGGUGGCCAUGUUCUGUGCCAUGCUGCUCCUGAUGGCUUCCCUCUACAGCCACAUGUUCCUUCUGGCGCGCUCGCACGUCAAACGCAUGGCAGCGUUGCCGGGAUACAAUGCCAACGUCAGGCAGAGAGCAAGCAUGAAGGGUGCCGUCACCCUCACCAUACUGCUGGGCAUCUUCAUCGUGUGCUGGGCUCCGUUCUUUCUCCACCUAAUCCUUAUGAUCUCCUGCCCAAAGAACGUUUACUGUGUCUGCUUCAUGUCACACUUCAACAUGUAUCUGAUACUCAUCAUGUGCAACUCUGUGAUCGACCCGCUGAUCUAUGCGUUUCGGAGCCAGGAGAUGAGAAAGACCUUCAAAGAGAUCAUUUUGUGUGAUGGACUGCGUGGUUUCUGCAUCCUGCUCAGCAAAUAUUGA